AUGCCUGUUGAUUUAGAUAAUUCGUCUACAGCUUCUGGUGAAGCUAGUGUCUCUUCCUCUGGUAACCAACCAACACAACCACCGCCACCACAACAACCACCGUCCAAGUCUGCUGCCACCGCCAAGAAAAAACGCAACCUCCCUGGAAUGCCAGAUCCAGAUGCAGAGGUGAUAGCCUUAUCGCCUAAGACCCUUUUAGCUACAAAUCGAUUUGUAUGUGAAAUAUGCAACAAAGGGUUUCAAAGAGACCAAAACUUGCAACUUCAUCGACGAGGACAUAAUCUACCAUGGAAAUUAAGGCAACGAUCAAGUAAAGAAGUGAAAAAGAGAGUUUAUGUAUGUCCUGAACCAACUUGUGUACACCACGAUCCAUCAAGAGCUCUUGGCGAUCUAACAGGAAUUAAGAAGCAUUUUUGCAGAAAACAUGGGGAAAAGAAGUGGAAAUGCGAUAAAUGUUCGAAGAAGUAUGCUGUUCAGUCUGAUUGGAAAGCUCACUCAAAGAUUUGUGGUACUAGAGAGUAUAAAUGUGAUUGUGGUACUCUUUUUUCUAGGAGGGAUAGCUUUAUUACACACAGAGCAUUUUGUGAUGCCUUGGCGGAGGAGAGUGCUAGAGCUCAAACUCAGACUCCGAACCCAAACCCAAAGCCGGAAUCUGACCCGAAAGUGCAAGUUGAUUCAUCUCCACCGCCAGCACCACUACCACCACCAGUGGCCUCAGAUUUUGGUCCGGGUCAGGGUCAGGCUCCACCAGGACUAGCUCAGUCAACUGGGAUGAUGUCAUCUCCAGUUUUGGCAAUCCAGAGUCCAGAGUUGCCAGAUAAUCCCACACAAAUUAUAGAACCAGCACCAGCACCAGCACCAGCACCAGCACCAGCACCAGCACCGAUGCCGGCCACAGUAACUUCUGGGUUCAAUGGAAACUGCAGCACUAGCACUAGCUCAAGCAGCAAUGGCAGCAGCACCAGUAGUGUGUUUGCUAGUUUAUUUGCUUCCUCAACUGCUUCAGGAAGCUUGCAGGCUCCUCAGACUCCUGCAUUUACUGAUCUAAUCCAUGCCAUGGCUCACCCUGAUCGCCCAACAGACCUUGCUCCAUCAUCCGAACCGAUUUCUUUGUGUCUCUCCUCUAACCAUGGGUCAUCAAUAUUCGGCACCGCAGGGCAUGAACGUAGGCAAUAUGCACCACCACCACAACCAGCUAUGUCUGCAACUGCACUGUUACAGAAAGCUGCUCAAAUGGGAGCUGCUGCUACAAGUGCAUCAUUUCUUCGUGGGCUUGGAAUUGUGUCAUCUUCAUCAUCAUCUGCGCAGCAAGAUAAUAUGCAAUGGGGUCAUAGGCAAAUGGAGCCUGAGAAUGCCUCAGUUACCGCAGGGCUUGGACUUGGCCUACCUUGUGAUGGAGGUUCUGGAUUGAAGGAAUUGAUGAUGGGAACUCCUUCUGUAUUUGGUCCAAAGCAUGCCACUCUUGAUUUUCUUGGACUGGGGAUGGCUGCUGGUGGGAGCCCUAGUGGUGGUCUAUCGGCUCUCAUUACAUCUAUUGGUGGUGGUCUUGAUGUGGCUGCAGCAGCAGCUUCUUUUGGAGGUGGAGAAUAUUCUGGCAAAGACAUGGGACGGAGCUGA